AUGGGGACGCGGGCCCUACAGGGCCUCUGCCUCCUCCUCUUCCUCUCGCUGCCGCCGCCGCGUUGGGCCUCAGCGGGAAGCCUGCACAGUCCAGGCCUGUCGGAAUGCUUCCAGGUGAACGGCGCCGACUACCGCGGCCGCCAGAACCGCACCGGCCCGCACGGGGCCGGCCGCCCGUGCCUCCCCUGGGACCAGACGCAGCAGCACAGCUACAGCAGCGCCAGCGACCCCCAGGGCCGCUGGGGGCUGGGCGCGCACAACUUCUGCCGGAACCCAGACGGGGACGUGCAGCCCUGGUGCUACGUGGCCGAGACGGAGGAGGGCAUCUACUGGCGCUACUGCGACAUCCCCACGUGUCACAUGCCCGGAUACCUGGGCUGCUUCGUGGACUCGGGGGCACCUCCUGCCCUGAGCGGCUCCAGCGGCACCUCCACCAAGCUCACGGUCCAAGUGUGCCUUCGCUUCUGCCGCAUGAAGGGCUACCAGCUGGCGGGCGUGGAAGCCGGCUACGCCUGCUUCUGCGGCUCUGAGAGCGACCUGGCCCGGGGACGCCCUGCGCCCGCCACCGACUGCGACCAGAUUUGCUUCGGCCACCCGGGCCAGCUGUGCGGCGGCGACGGGAGGCUGGGCAUCUACGACGUGUCCGUGGGCUCCUGCCAGGGGAACUGGACGGCGCCGCAGGGCGUCAUCUACUCGCCGGACUUCCCGGACGAGUACGGGCCGGACCGGAACUGCAGCUGGGUGCUGGGCCCCCCGGGCGCCGCGCUGGAGCUCACCUUCCGCCUCUUCGAGCUGGCCGACUCGCGCGACCGGCUGGAGCUGCGUGACGCCGCCUCGGGCCGCCUGCUCCGCGCCUUCGACGGCGCCCGCCCGCCGCAGCCCGGGCCGCUGCGCCUGCGCCUGCGCCCCGCCGCGCUGCUGCUCACUUUCCGCAGCGACGCGCGGGGCCACGCGCAGGGCUUCGCGCUCACCUACCGCGGGCUGCCCGACGCCGCCGAGGACGGGGAGCCCCCCGGGGGCUCGGCCCAGACCGCAGCAGGGUCCCCCGACGGCGCCAACGCGAGCUGCAGCCCCAGGCCCGGGGCUCCGCAGGCCGCGACCGGGGCCCGGGUCCUCUCGACGGUGACGGCCGUGUCCGUGCUGCUGCUGCUGCUCCUGGCGCUGCUGCGUCUGCUGCGCCGACGGACCUGCCUGCUGGCUCCGGGAAAGGAGCCCCUGGCGUUGGGGGCUGCCCAGGGCCCCAGGAGAAGCUGGGCUGUGUGGUACCGCCGGCCCCGAGGGGUGGCCCUGCCCUGCCCCUCAGGGGACCCCCAGCCUGAGGGCCCUGUCACCGGCUACCGGCCCCUGAGUGCCUCCAGCCAGAGCUCCCUGCGCUCACUCGUCUCCGCUCUCUGACCCGGAUGCCCAGGGUCCAGUGGACCGUCCACCAGCGAGACGGACAUCUGAGACGCUGCCCCGAACCCUACCUCGGCCUUCUGCCCCUCGAAGGGCAGCUUGGCUUCUGGUCAUCUGGAGACCAGAAAUUGGACAGGGGGCGUCCAUGCUCCUGUCAGGGACUUGGUCCGCCCCUAGUGCCCUGAUGGUGGAGGCCAGAGGGCAAGGGGAGCCCGGCCCCUGCAGGGGCCUCGAUGUGGAGGGGGUGCCCGGCGUCACAGGCCUCUCUGGACUCCUCUGGGUGGUUCUGCUCUCCUGCCCUGGAAAGGGACCAGAGCUCAAGCAAGGGGGCCCCGGCUCACCACCGGGGUGCCCGUCCACAUCCCACGGUGGAGGGCCUGGGGUCAGCUUCCUCUCCAGCUCGCCUCUGUCGCACACCCUAGGAGGCAGCGUAUGGUGGCCCAAGUACUCAGGUUCCUGCUACCCUCGUGGGAGAUUCCGAUGGAGUUCCUGGCUCAGAGCCCACUGUUUGCAGGCAUCUGGGGAGUAAAUCAGAGGGUGGAAGAUCCCUGUCACUCUGCCUUUCAAAUAGGCAAAUAA